AUGUCUCAACCAAGAUUCCCGCCAAGCCGCUCGCUCCUCAGCACUUCAACAACUUCUACGCGCUCUGCUUCGCCGAGGGAUGGCCCGAAGGACGGCGCUGACGUUUCGCGGAAGCGGAAGAAUGAUGCGGAAUGGACGAAUUCGGCUGGCGCAUCGGACAGUCACAGCUUCAAGCACGAAAGGACGUUUCAACCGGAGCUUGAAGAAUCGUUGGCCAAGAGGAAAUAUCCGACAGCCGGAAAGAGAGUGUACAAUGAGUUGGACGGGGUCGUUAGGAAUGACCUGCCGGAUGAAGAAAAGGCAAAAUCUGAGGUCGAGCGAUUUGGGAAAAUUGAUGUUUUCGAUCAAGACCACGAGCAGCUGAUCGAGCUCCUGAAGGAUGUCGCGCUCGUUGACCAGUCGCUCGACAAGUCAUUGGCUCGAAAACUGGACAUCAUGAGGAAAACCGCGCUGCCGCUGAUGGCAUCACUGACACCCAGCUUGGCGGUGACCCCAUCUACGCAAGCAAUGACGCCGCGACCUCCACCAGCGAUGGGACCAGCGUCCCUGGCCACCCCUCCGGCGAUGGGACCAGCAUCUCUCGCCGUUCCGCCUCCUGCAAUGACACGCCCUCCGCCGAUUCCGUUUAGUAUAGAUCCCAAAGUUGAUCGAACUCAAGGGUUCCCUACCCGGCGCGGCAACCGGCGGCUUGACGGGUUCGGCAUCGGUCCCGAAUCUGAGGUCUCUGCCCGACUUCUCCAAGCCACCUCCACCAAUACCGAACGCAACGGUGGUCAACGUGCCACCUCCGAUGCAUUCUGUAACAAAUGUGUCAAACGUGGUGCCCAUCUGGUCUUCUCUGCCUGGGCAUGGGUCCACCCGGCCAUGAUUGCCUGGCCCAUUAGCUUGCCCAUCACAACGGUUUGCUAUGCGGCCGACGCUACCGUGCCACCAGAGCUAGAAUUCCACACUCCGGAUAGCCUGAAGCGGAGACGGAUGGAUGAGCUUCUUCUCUCCCAGAAUCUACGGCGAGCACCAAACGGGUCCGGUGACCAUCCACCCUCGAAAAGACAUGUUGACCUAAAGGAGAAGCCCGGCAUACCUUAUAUGGUAUUGCCGAAAGAGCCACGAUUCAAGGACCUCGUCCAUCCUCGAUUUGCUCUCGAUAUUGGUGGUACCCUCUGCAAACUCAUCUAUACAACCGUGUGCCACGAAAAGGGAAGCGACCGACCAGAGACGUUACUCAACUUCACCAAAUUCACCAAUCUAGACGACUGCAUCAAAUUUGUAAAAGAGGAGUGGAUCGGUCGCAAGGCGGAAGAUACUUUACGAUGCACCGGUGGCGGUGCCUUCAAAUACUCGGAAAAAAUUCACCAGGAACUCGGCGUCAAUGUACACCGGGUCGAUGAGAUGGAGGCGCUGAUCGAAGGGUGUGAUUUUUUGCUUAAUAAUAAUGAGGAUGAGUCUUUCACGUACGACAAUACGGCUGUAGGAAUCGAAAAGUUCCAAUACAAACCUAUCACUUCCGAGAUGGUCUUCCCCUUUCUGCUGGUUAACAUUGGGACGGGAAUUUCAAUCUUAAAGGUAAACUCGAGAUCUUCGUACGAGCGUAUUGGCGGUUCCUCGAUGGGUGGUGGGACGUUUGUCGGGUUGGGGAAUAUGCUCACCGGAGCUGGAUUUGACGAGUUGCUCCAAAUGGCCAGCAGGGGUGACCACAGAAAUGUUGACACGCUAGUCGCGGAUAUUUAUGGAGGCUCCUACGACGCGCUGCGACUAUCCUCUGACGUGAUUGCUGGCUCGUUUGGCAAAUGCAACCAGCACGUGCAUUCGUCUGGGGCGAGCCCCGUCAACAGGGAUGAUAUUGCCAAAAGCCUGCUCCUCAUGGUCAGCAAUAAUAUAGGGCAGAUGGCCAUGCUCUAUGGCAACCGCUACAACGUGAAGCGUAUUUAUUUUGGCGGGUUCUUCGUCCGAAAGCAUGAGAUUACGAUGCGCACGCUCACCUAUGCCGUGGAUUUCUGGAGCAAGGGAGCCUGUGAAGCGUUCUUCAUGAAGCAUGAAGGCUAUCUCGGAGCCGUCGGGGCAUUUUUUCUUGCCAAGAACUUCGUGCCCCAGCAAGCAACGCGGUUUCGGCACACUAUUAAUCAAACAUCCGGUCUAUUAAGGAAAAAUAAAUUCUUAAUACAACCGUUUAUACGAACAUGCUUCCAUCCGGGCGCUGGAACACAAGCGCCGAUCCAGAGUGCAGCAAAUGUUAGUGGAUGGGAAGUGGUGAAGCGGUUGCUCCGAUUUGUGUGGCCAAAGGGAAACGCGCCGAUACGGAAGCGUGUGGUCAUCGCCAUGGGAUUGUUAAUAAUAGCAAAGCUGGCGAAUGUAGCUGUGCCGUUCCUCUACAAGGACAUUGUCAACUACUACAACGAUAAAUCCCCAGAAUUCAUGAAGCUUCGUUUUGAUACGUCAGCACAUGCGGUGCUCACGGUUGGAAUGUGUAUAAUCGUUGCCUAUGGUCUAGCAAGAGCGUCGUCGGCAUUGAUGAACGAAUUGAGGAAUGCGGUAUUCGCCCGAGUCGCGCAGCAUGCCACCCGCAAGAUUGCGCACGACAUUUUUCUCCACCUCCACUCUCUCGACCUGUCAUUUCAUUUGAAUCGCCAGACUGGAGCUCUUUCAAAGGCCAUUGAUCGAGGCACCCGGGGUAUGGCCUUCGUGAUGAGCGCAUUGAUCUUCAACGUCUUCCCUACGAUUGUUGAAUUAGGAAUGGUAUCCGCAAUAUUUGCAACAACCCUGGGAUCCGAGUUCGCAUACGCUACGAUGGGUUGCGUCGGAAUGUACGGUGUCGCGACGCUUGGAAUCACAAGAUGGCGAACAAAAUUCCGCCACGAGAUGAAUCAGGCCGAUAACGAUGCAGGGAAUAAAGCUGUCGACUCGCUGAUCAACUAUGAAACUGUUAAGUAUUUCAACAACGAGAAGUUCGAGGCAGCGCGAUAUGAUCAUUUCUUGCAAAAAUAUCAGGAAGCUUCGCUGAAGACAACAACGUCGCUGGCUUUCCUCAAUUUUACGCAGAAUGCCAUCUUUUCGACAGGCCUUGUGGGAAUCAUGGCCCUUGCAGCGAAUGGAAUUCAAAAUGGAACUCUAACCGUCGGAGAUCUCGUUUUGGCCAACACGCUGCUCUUCCAGCUAUCGAUUCCCCUGAACUUCUUGGGCUCUGUAUACCGAGAAAUUCGUCAAGGACUGGUGGAUAUGAACACAAUGUUUGGCCUGCUAAAUCUGAAAAGCAAGAUUGUUGACGACCCGAAUGCCAAGAACUUGGAUAUUACAAAGGAGGCCAUCGCGAUGUCGUUCAAAGAUGUUCACUUCGAAUAUAUUCCCGGUCAGCAUAUCCUGCAGGGGCUGAAUCUGGAUAUUCCGGAGGGCAAGAAGGUCGCUGUGGUUGGAGGCUCCGGAUCAGGCAAGUCAACGAUUGUCCGCUUAAUCUACCGGCUCUACGACGUAGAUUCUGGACAGAUCACCAUCGAAAACGAAAGCUUGAAGAAGGUGUCGUUGACGUCCCUUCGUGAUCAAAUUUCGAUCGUGCCCCAGGACUGUGUGCUAUUCCACGACACAAUUUACUACAACUUGGCCUAUGGCAACCCGGAAGCGAGUAGAGAGGAGGUGAUCAACGCAGCGAAAAUGGCCGACUUGCAUGAGAGCGUUUUGCGGAUGCCGAAUGGCUAUGAAACGCUGGUCGGUGAACGUGGCCUGAAACUUUCCGGCGGUGAAAAGCAACGCGUCGCCAUCGCUAGAGCCAUUCUAAAGAACGCGCCACUUGUGGUAUAUGACGAGGCGACCUCUUCCCUGGAUGCGAUCACCGAAUCGAACAUCAUGUCCGCCCUCCGAUCGGCCGUCAAGCAGAGGACGACGUUGUUCAUUGCACACCGACUGGCAACAAUUGUGGAUGCCGACAUCAUCUACGUGCUGAAGGAUGGACGAGUGGCCGAACAGGGCACACAUCAGCAACUACUGCUGAAUCCUGACUCACUCUACUCUGAACUGUGGAAAUCACAGAAUCGCGGUGUCGACGCGGAGGUGAAGAAGAUCAAGAAGGUCGAAGAUGAGCUCGAGGUGAACCCGCUGCUGAUCCUGGAAGAUCCGAAAUGCUGCGGCAACAGCUCGUGCAGCAGCAAA